UGGUGAACGGUGAUGAGUGAGAGUUGGUCGAUGCUCGGUGCGUUGUUUCUCUAGUUUGGCCAGCCUGGUGCUUUUCUGAGGUCGUCCGAAGAAGGCUAGCAACGCAACCAAAGCGUGCAGUGUUGGAGCAAGCAAAAGUGGCCAGUGGGUAGCCAUUUCGAAAAUCUAUGCUUUUCCUCGAGGCCCUGUUGGUUUUGUUUUAAAGUGGAUGUGUUGAAAGUGAACGAAAUCCGCAAAAGAUGAAAGGCAAUGCGUUGUGAUAGUGCACGAGAGCAGUGAGCCAUAAAAGAAGGCAUCAAUCGCAAUCGAUCGAAUGUUAAUGUUCGCAUUUAAAGUGAAUCGCGUCCGUCUGCAACCGGAAAACAAGCGAUGGCUUAAAAAAUAGUUUUCUCUCCCUUGCGAAAUCGGACGGAGGUCACUGAAAAAGAUGCCCGCCUUGGUCUACUUCCAAUCGAUAGUUAUCUGAAAAUAAGCCUUCGUAUUCACUGUCAUUGCAUUUGACAGGUUGCUUUGUGUAAAUGGGCGAAAAGUUUCAAGUCUGAGCUUCGAAAACGGCCAGCAAGGUGUUGUUGUGGCAACCAAGUUGGGAACGAGAACUGUAGCAGCACCAGUAGAAGUCAGCCAGCUUUAAUCAUCGUUAUAUUAUAUUUUCUCAUCCGUCACCUUAACCACCGCAGUCUCGGCACCGUCAGCAUCAUCAGCUUUGCGGAACAAUAGUAAGGUCUACGCAUUUCCUUCCCCGAGUGGGAAAGAACCAGUAGAUUCUGCCAGUAAACACAAAGCACCAACAGUCGGAACGUCACACAAUCCGCUCGCCGGAACAACCGGAUUGUGACUUCUUUCUUGAUUGGCUUUUCGGAAGCUCGUGCAAGAGAGAAGCAGAGAGCGAUAGUGGGGCAAGGCACCGGAAAGAAGGUGAAAUCGAGUUGGCGAAGGGCAAGCGUCCGAGAAAAUAGGCUAAGGCUGUGGCCUGAGGAAGCCCAAUCGGAAGGAGCAUCUGCAGUAGGGCUGACAACAAAGACGAGCAGUCAAUCAUAAACCAGCAAUACACACACAUUUUAAGGUUCCCGCCCGUGCUGCAGAAAAGGGAAGGAUGUCGUCCAAAAACAUACCUGCUGAUAAGAUAAACCUGAGGCUAAUACUCGUCAGUGGCAAGACGAAAGAAUUCCUCUUCAGUCAGACGGACUCGGCCGGAGAUAUAGCACUGACAGUAUUCGAAAACUGGCCCGAUGACUGGGAGGCGGAAGCGGUAGCGAAGGCGGAAAUCUUAAGACUCAUCUACCAGGGACGCUUUUUGCACUGCAACGUCACGUUAGGCGCGCUGGGGCUACCACUAGGCAAAACGACCGUGAUGCAUUUGGUGCCGCGUGAUAAUCUACCCGAGCCAAACUCGCAGGACCAGCGACAGAAGAGCAAAGGCGGUUCCAGUAGAUGUUGUUCCACUAGUUGUUGUAUACUGUAACCACCAUCAUCGCGACGGAAGGUGAUGCGUUCGUGCGUGCGCCGUGCGUACCCCUGCACCGCCGAGAGAGUUUCCUCCCUGGUACCAGCGGCCGGUGCCGGAAGUGUCUACGUGGAGUGUACGAUGUUCCGAGAGCGACGAAUAAUAACAAACCCUCGAAUACCGCUGAUAGCCAGCCGUUUGCCUGUGAACAUGAUGCACUGAUGGUGAUGAUGAUGAUGUUGAUCACAUGCUGCCCUAGCACGAUCGGCGUGAGAAUGCGGAGCAACGAAGAGAGGCAGACCGAUAUCUUAAUGUGUUUUUCAUCUCCUAUGGAGUGUGUCCUAAAGUGUUGCUUUGGCGUGCGUAGGUUGUUUUUUAGUACCGACAACAUAGACGGCCGCGUCGACCGCCCUCCAAGGUUCGCGCAAACGUUGGGUUCAUUUCAAAUGCCAAGAUAUGCCGCACAGUAUAUGAGACGGCAACACAAUCUGCAAUCAGUAGCAUCGGUAGCAGCAGCGGCAGCAGCUUCAUCGAUGCAGGGCUGUUAAAUGUAUAUGCGUAUACGUACAAGUAAACUAUAAAAAAACACACUCUUCAGAGCUCUACGGAUCACAGAAACUCGCGCAAUGACUCCAGCGGGGGGACGCUGGUGGUGGUGGGCGGGCGGAAGGCACUUUUGUAUUAUUAGGGAAGCAGCGAAUUUCGGUUAAUGUUAUUUGUAGAGUGAUAGUGUACUAGUAAUAGUCGAGAUAAUAUUUAGUGUUACGUUUAUUAAUUUUUUUUUCCUCUCCCGAGCCGUCCCGUUAGGAGGUCCCGUUUGUUUUUACACUUGUUUCCGUUGACAGCCCUUCGUGUCUAUGUUUAUUCUAUUUUGUUUUACUCGCGAGAACCAUUUAUCUCCCGAACGCACUGCAAUUUUUUAAAGUCGAAUCCCAAACUGCACACACGAUCGAAGCGAGGCAGCAGCAAACACAGCGAGGGGAGCAGAAGUAAAGUGAAAUUGAAGGCACGGUUCAAAAGAAGCUGCAUAGUUUUGUUUUUGUCUCACUCUGAGGAUACGUAGGAAUCCAUAGCAGAUCAAACAGAAAUUUGCAAAUACUCACCUGGUGUGAGGAUGACUGAUAACAAUGACGAUAACUAAUGAAAAUGGCAUAUCUUUGCGUUGAAUGUCUACGAAGCAUCUUUCCGCUGAUGAAUGAAUGUUGCGCAUGAUGAACA